AUGCUGCCAAGGUGCCUUAGGUCGAUACAACGAGUUCCUCGAGCGCCGACGUGCGAGCCAGAUCUCUCUUCUUCUCACGGAUGGCAGGCUACGCCUACAGGUUAUCCGGCAGCUUCGCGUGAGCUUGCUCAGCAUUUAGAUCUUUGUGACUCUGGUUAUGUCGCGUGGUCCGUUGCCAAAAAGGCCUUCAUUGGCGAGUUGAUUGAUGCGUGUGAGACUGCUUGGGUGCCUCCUCUUUUCAUAGGGGAUAUGGGCAAUCAGACGGAAGAGGCUAAACGCAUUGAUUUCAUUGUGUGUCUCUUUAAGUCUUUAGACGUAUUAAUGUGA